AGGUGACGGCCACCUGCAUGGCGCGGGGGCGGGGCUUGAGGCUGCUCGCACUUUGCCGGGAGCCCCGGGAGCGGCGGCAGCAGCGCGAUGGCGGAGGAGCGAGCGCUCGCCAUGGUCACCUGCACGGCCCCGGUCAACAUCGCCGUCAUCAAGUACUGGGGCAAGCGAGACAAUGACCUGAUCCUGCCCAUCAACUCCUCCCUGAGUGUGACGCUGCACCAGGACCAGCUGAAGACCACCACUACAGCUGCCGCCAGCCGGGACUUCACGGAGGACCGGCUGUGGCUGAAUGGGGAGGAGGCUGACAUGGGGCACCCCCGGCUGCAGGCCUGCCUGCGGGAGGUGCAGCGCCUGGCCCACAAGCGCCGAGGUGGCAGCGCCGAGGAUGUGGGCCCACUCAGCCUCUCCUACAAAAUCCACAUCGCCACCGAGAACAACUUCCCCACCGCUGCUGGUUUGGCGUCCUCCGCCGCUGGCUACGCCUGCCUGGUGUCGGCGCUGGCGCGGCUGUACGGCGUGGAGGGCGAGCUGUCGGAGGUGGCACGGCGCGGCUCGGGCAGCGCCUGCCGCAGCAUGCUGGGGGGCUUCGUGCAGUGGCAGCGGGGCGAGCGGCCGGACGGCAGGGACAGCCUGGCCCUGCAAGUGGCCCCUGAAACGCACUGGCCGGAGCUCAGGGUCCUCGUCAUGGUGGUCAGCGGGGAGAAGAAGCCGGUGGGCAGCACGGCAGGGAUGCAGACCAGCGUGGACACCAGCCCCUUGCUGAAGCACCGAGCAGAGGUGGUGGUACCGGAGCGCCUGGAGCUGAUGAUGCGGCACAUCCGUGAGCGGGACUUCGAGGGCUUCGGGCAGCUCACCAUGAGGGACAGCAACCAGUUCCACGCCACCUGCCUUGACACCUUCCCCCCCAUCUUCUACCUCAAUGACACCUCGCGGCACAUCAUCGCCCUGGCACACCGCUUCAAUGCCCACCAUGGCCGCACCAAGGUUGCCUACACCUUCGACGCCGGCCCCAACGCUGUCAUCUUCACGCUGGCCGACACUGUGGCUGAGUUUGUGGAGGUGGUGAAACGCAGCUUCCCACCUGCCACCAACGGGGACCCGUUCCUGCGGGGACUGCCUGUGGGCUCAGCCUCACUGCCGGAGGAGCUGCUGGCGGCUGUUGUGACGGAGCCGGUGCCAGGGGCCAUUCGGUACAUCCUGCACACCCAGCCCGGCCCCGGUCCCCAGCUCCUGGAUGACCCCAGCCAGCACCUCCUGGGAGCGGAUGGUCUGCCCCGCUGCAGUGCCUGAGCUCCGGGGCCAUCGCCGUGGACAUCGCCAGGGACAGCUGUGAUGUACCGGGGGGCUCUGCUGGUGCCACCUGGAGGGCUUGGGGUGCUGAGUCUGGCCUGGUGCUAAGUUGUCCCCAGCCCUGGGGUGGGUUGUGACCCCUCCAGGGCUGGUUUUUACUCUUUUGUAAGGAAAUAGAGGUUUUCUGGCUGCA